CCUUCCCUGCCAGCAACAGGGGGAACCAAGUAGGCAGAGCACCAGCAACCAGAGGGUGCUGUUCCGCAGGGGUGGGGCAUCCCCCUCCCCACACAGCCCCGCUCUCCCGGGCUGUCAGGCCAGUGGGAGGAGCUGCCCAUGCCCCCCCUGAGACCGCAAGGCUAUAAAGCUGCCUGGUAGCGGUCUGAGGCUCUUCCCAGCCCCCGGCCUAGCUGCGAACGGUAACUGCCCAUCUUCGGCCGCCAUGAGCCACCACCCGUCGGGCCUCCGGGCCGGCGUCAGCUCCACCUCAUACCGCCGCACCUUCGGGCCACCGCCCUCACUAUCCCCCGGGGCCUUCUCCUACUCGUCCAGCUCUCGCUUCUCCAGCAGCCGCCUGCUGGGCUCAGCGUCCCCGAGCUACUCCGUACGCCUGGGCAGCUUCCGAGGUCCCCGGGCAGGUGCCGGCGCCCUUCUGCGCCUGCCUUCGGAGCGCCUCGACUUCUCCAUGGCUGAGGCCCUCAACCAGGAGUUCCUGGCCACACGCAGCAACGAGAAGCAGGAGCUGCAGGAGCUUAACGAUCGCUUCGCCAACUUCAUUGAGAAGGUGCGCUUCCUGGAACAGCAGAACGCGGCCCUGCGUGGGGAGCUUAGUCAGGCCCGGGGCCAGGAGCCGGCGCGCGCGGACCAGCUGUGCCAGCAGGAGCUGCGCGAGCUGCGGCGAGAGCUAGAGCUACUGGGACGCGAGCGCGACCGGGUGCAGGUGGAGCGCGACGGGCUGGCGGAGGACUUGGCAGCUCUUAAGCAGAGGUUGGAGGAGGAGAUGCGCAAGAGGGAGGAUGCGGAGCACAACCUCGUGCUCUUCCGCAAGGACGUGGACGAUGCCACCCUGUCCCGCCUGGAACUAGAGCGCAAGAUUGAGUCUUUGAUGGAUGAGAUUGAGUUUCUCAAGAAGCUGCACGAGGAGGAGCUUCGAGACCUGCAGAUGAGCGUGGAGAGCCAGCAGGUGCAGCAGGUGGAGGUGGAAGCAACUGUGAAGCCAGAGCUGACAGCAGCCCUGAGGGACAUCCGAGCACAGUACGAAAGUAUUGCGGCGAAGAACCUGCAGGAGGCGGAGGAGUGGUAUAAGUCCAAGUACGCGGACUUAUCCGAUGCCGCCAAUCGGAACCACGAGGCCCUGCGCCAGGCCAAGCUGGAGAUGAACGAGUCCCGACGCCAGAUCCAGAGUCUGACGUGCGAGGUGGAUGGGCUUCGCGGCACGAACGAAGCGCUGCUCAGACAGCUGCGGGAGCUGGAGGAGCAGUUCGCCCUGGAGGCGGGCGGGUACCAGGCGGGAGCCGCGCGGCUCGAGGAGGAGCUGCGGCAGCUAAAGGAAGAGAUGGCGCGGCACUUGCGUGAGUACCAGGAGCUCCUAAACGUCAAAAUGGCCCUAGACAUCGAGAUCGCCACCUACCGCAAGCUGCUGGAGGGCGAGGAGAGCCGGAUCUCGGUGCCUGUCCAUUCCUUUGCCUCCUUGAAUAUAAAGACCACUGUGCCUGAGGUGGAGCCUUCCCAAGACAGCCACAGCCGGAAGAUGGUUCUGAUCAAGACAAUUGAGACCCGGGACGGGGAGGUGGUGACGGAGUCCCAGAAGGAGCAGCGCAGUGAGCUGGACAAGUCGUCUACUCACAGCUACUGAAUCCCUUGGUCUGAAGAUGCCUGACCCUGCCCUGGGCCUGCUCUAAGCCCAAAUCCUAACACCAAUCCUGAAUUAGUCUCCCUUCCCUCUGCAUGUGUCUAAGAUGGGGUACCAAUCCCCCCCUUUCCUGGCCUACAACCAAGCCCUACCUGACUAGCAGUUGGUGGGCAUGUCCAUGCCCUGACACAGAUGUGACUUGUGUCCUCCUCCUUUUCCUAUAGUGGUAAAAAUCCAGUGACACCCCCACCACACACAAGUCUCUCCAGCCAUGAUCCUCUGGCUAAUGGGUGGGCCAGGGUCAGAGUUUCACUUUUGAAUUAAGUAAAGCUGCUGUUAAGAGAAA